CCAAAAAUGUCAAUAUGGCCGCUUGUCGAGUUGUGCUUUGAAACGUAGGAUGUCAGUUUGUUUUCCCUGUGUAUUAUAGCGUGUGGCCAGUGCACACUGUGUGCAAUCCGUCCGCGAUAAUCUAGUUCGUUGUUUGUUUCAAAUGGAGUGGCCUGCCCGUGGUAAUUCACGGGAGGCUUUGAGCACCGUGCGCCGCACGCAGUGCAACAGCGCUGCAAAAUCUCCCGGGGAUGAGACUUCUGUGAAAAGAAAACCACCGUACAGCUAUUCGACGCUUAUUUCCUUUGCAAUUAACAGUUCGCCUUCUAAGAAAAUGACUUUGAGCGAUAUUUACACAUGGAUCUGCGCAAAUUUCCCAUUUUAUCGGGACGCAGGCACAGGAUGGAAGAAUUCCAUUCGUCAUAACCUGUCGCUCAACAAAUGUUUUCACAAGGUGCCCCGAUCAAAGGACGACCCUGGAAAGGGAUCGUACUGGGAACUGGACCUAAAGUCUGGAAAUGAACUCCCGUGUAGAAAGAAGAGGCUCAAGACCUACGAUGCUGUAUACCCAUACAGUCCAGAGUCGAAGACAACUUGGAAGAGCGAACCAGAUCCUCCAGCAGUGCCUGAUGUUGUGCAGACUGUUACGGUCAAGACCGAGAAGUACACUGUGGAUGACAGCCAGUCAUGCCUCUCAUUUGGCCGCUACGACGAACCCGUGAAAACAAUCAUGGAGUCGUUCACCCACGAACAACUAGUGGAACUGACAGAGUCGUUGACGUCCUUGGAGGAAACGGACACGGCAGGGUACAGCGGCCACCCUCGAAAUCCCAGUGCUUUGGCAGUGGCUCCAUCAAGCAAUGCCCCGCACAUGGCAAGGUUUGACCCCCUACCACACAUGCCUUCCGUCCCAGCUCUAGGUAAUGGUGCACGGCACAGCGUACCGUGCCAGUACACUAGCGGAACAGUUGCGGUAGAGAGCCUUGACUGCGGAGGUUACUAUGGAAGGAGCCGGAGUCCAAACCUGAGUGGUGGAUUUCUGGACCAGAUCCCAGAGAUAGUGAAACCCGAGAUGGGUGAGCCAGCACAGUACAACCGGACAGCAUUCCACCAGAAGGCAGACACGUCAUCUGCCACAAUAAACUCCUUUGUUUGGGACCAGCCAACCUGAGGUCUUCAAGAGUGAACUCUCUCUCUCUCACCAUUCAUCUGUUUUCGUUGAGAGUGCCAUUGGGUGUACACAGAGGUUUUUAAGUGCUGGCUCGGAUUUAAGCAGGGUUGGCUUAAACCGAGUGAUGUUAAAUCAGCUACAUUCCUUCGAAAUAUACUGUGUGUAUUUUUGUGAUAUCUGCUCUUGAAAGGUUGCACUAUCAUUCAAGUACUUUGGGUCGGUGCAAACUUUUUUUUUAAGGCUGUUGCAAUUCACGUUGUAUUAAGUAUUGCGGCACGUGUUGACAGGCAGUGUGCAUUGAGCGGUGUGCAUUGAGCUUGGUGGCCGGACGUUUGCUGAUGUGUGCAUGGGCGUUAAGAGUCUUGAUUUGGUACUACAUGUGUGAAUACCACAGUGUCUUUUUUUUCCCACCUGUCAUUAGUGAAUACACAUUAUUUUAAAAACAGCAUCCAUCAGCAUGGUAGCGGAUACAUAUUGGCUGUAUAUUCAAACUUGAAUUUGGAAGACGUUUUCUACAAACUAAAAAAUUAGCCUGCAUUUCUUGUGUGGAUAUGAAUUUUAAGCACAUCAAGUCAGGUUGCAGCUAAUACUUGUCAUACACAAGUGUAGCAGGUGGUAGUAUCUUUCGAAGUUAUGACACAAAUGCGCACAGUGUCUUGCAUAACAUUUUGUUUAUUGGAAGGCAGAGGAAAGAGUGGUUUAGGACAGUGAAUGUAUUGACAAUGCAUUGACAACCUGACAUUGCGUAGCAGUAUGCCAUUGGAAUACAUAGCCCAAAUACGCUGGGGUCACUUUGUUUACCUCCUCCUCAUUUGAUGGCAUCAUUCAAUAUGUCAAAUAUGGUUCAAACAUUCAAAUCGUUCCACAAAUCUUUACAUUACAUAUUUAUCGAAUUUGUCUUUGUGUUGUAUCAUGUUCCAAUGUUUUGUUUUUGUGUUUUCCCUUCUUUCUUUCUUUAAGCUCAUUGAGAAAGACUUUUCCUGUGUUAGCUGUUAUGACAUGCAUACACAUACUGUAGCAGUAUCUGUCAUUUAAAAGCAUCGAAGGAGGUGUUCUCGCUACUGCACUACUGCGAGACACAUUGCCAGUGCAGGGAGCUCAGUAACAUGUGCUUUACUUCGUAACACGUUUACAAAGAACCCACAGUUUGCUGCUAACUAAUAAAUACGUGUAGAUGAAACAUGUUAUACACAUUCAGAAGAUUACCUCGGUUUUUCACUCAUCAGAUUCUGUCAUUGCAAAGAAGCUCACCAUCGCUGUACUCUGAGCAGUUCAGUCUGUGUUCAUCGACUUGUCACAUAAUACUACAGAGUAUUUUUUAUGCCGUCUAUAUAAACGAAUUUUCUGUUAUUCGUAGCUUAGACCUUAGUUUUUUUUAGUGGUCUUUUCGUGCCUAUGUCAUUUGUUUUUAGUCUACAGAACACAAAUUGGGUAUUUACAAUGUGUUUUAUGAUGCGUCAGAGCCUCUGUAAAAAGGAGUCGGAACUACGUACAUUGUGUGUUAGCAGAAGAAAAAAAAAAAUUCUUCCUGGUGUUGGUAGAAGCUCUGAAUGAUAUUGCAUUAUUUUCUUCUUUUUUUUUUCCCCCCUGUGUGAGGGCACAGCAUCUUGUUUGACAAGAUCUCAAGUAGAAAGUUCAAAAUCAUACGUAAACGAAGUGUGUACCUGCUUGUUUAUUUUGAGCUGUAUGUAAGUUUUGUAUCUCUGCGUGUGUUACCAUUAAUGCCUGUUAAGGAUGGAUGCCAGUAUUAUCACGUUUUUGUUACACUUCUGUUGUUGAUGAGGUUGUGCUGACAACUCUGUAUUGUGUACAUAUUUCAACGUAGACCUUCACAUUUCAUUCUCAACGGAUUAUGACCGGUGCAACUGCCACCAUGACAUUUCUCAGUCUGCCUCGUGACGAAUAUUUGUUGAGCAUGUCCAGCGCACACACUUGUAAAGGGUGUUAAAAUGUGUACCGUCUCUGUGGAAUCUGCAACUUUGCUGACUCAUGUAGCUCGUAUCUUGUUCCACACCGGUUGGGAGACAGAACCGUUUUGGGAGGACGCUGUUUCUUGAGAGUGGAACCAUGAAUUUCUUACCUUUUUUGCACUGUGGGGUGGUGCCUUAAUUUUAUUUUGUGCGUACCCUGGAAUAAAUUAACAAACCGUAUAGCCAUUUUCCCUUGGCCAAGGACUCGAUGGGGGUGUUAUUUCGUUGCAGGUUCUCUCCAACUAGGCAUUAUUUGGUAGCGAAAGGCAGUUGUCCCGUAAGGCACAGAUGCGGAGUUUAUUGCGUUCUAGUCACUGAUGUUUUUCUAAUUUUGUAGAAAUUGAUGAGCAUUCCUGGACUGCAUGCCUCGAAGCACAUUCAAUGUGCACCCAGAAAACGAAUCGCGUGGGGUGGGGUGGGGGGUCAUUAUUGCAGGUUUAUGUAUCAUUGCUGACAUUUGUCACAGGGGGUACACAGGGGGUACACAGGGAGUACACAGGGAGUACACAGGAAUGAAAGAGAGGCGGUUGCCCAACCUUUCGAGGUGUGUACGGGGUUACGGAUAAAAUUGUCAAUGUGCACGUCUCUGGGAACUGCAAAAGCAUACGCAAUUGACUGUGAACUAAACUUCGAUUUUUCCUUUUGUACAUGUAGCAUAUGUUUGUAGGAAUGCGUCAUCACAGCCCUGCAUGUGAUAGGUUAACUGCGGUUAAAUAUUAUGUUAAAAAGUAUCCCAUCUCACUAUUCUUUGAGCUACCUAGACUUCAAUUUCCAGUAGUAGUUUCCUGUCAUCUGAACUCUUGAGUUUCCUUGUGUGCGUGCUCUAAUGUAUCAUAAGGUAUAUUGCGGAGCAUUGCAGUGUUGUGUUCCUUUCAGUUUUUUUGGAUCUUGUACUAGAAUGCUCAAAUGUGUUGCUGGAAAGCAACAAAAGCUUGUGAAAGCAUUAUGUGUGAAAAUGGCUGAUUAUGAAAGGGGGCUUGGUAUGAUAACUGUUUAGAACAGCAGAGUGCUUUUUUGCUUCUGAUCUCAAUCAUGGGUGCUCCAAGCAUUUCGACAGUCACACGGCCUGAGUGCAGUUUAUUGCAGACGUGUUGCCACAGCACAUUUGCCAUAAUGCCUUCUGGGUACAGUGCUAAGCAUAGCUGUGCUAAAGUUUGGCCUCUCUUGUACAUACGUAGUUGUUUGUUGCAAAAAGCUGCUUUUUAAUGCAUCUAAUAGCUACAGCCACAUUUUCAAUGAACUCAUACCAGCAGUGUGAUCACUACAUUAUUUAUUCAUGUACCAUACAAUGUUGCCCCAAUAUUUUUUAUCAUGUCCUCGCUGAGAGCGUGCGAGGUACACCUCGUGAGCCGAGAAUGGGUGGUGGAAAACCGAAAAUGUUUUCUGGCAGGUGGUUGUGUGGGCAAGAGGGAACGGUGGGUCGGGUGCCACUAAGAAAAAAGGAGGUGUGUGGUUUAUGCUAGCUUGAGCAUUUGGUGGUAUAGGAUUCAGAAUGUUCCACAUCUGAACGAACACUGCCAGUGUAUUCCAAUGAUUUCUUUUGUGCGUUCACUGGUCUUUUGGGUCAUGGAGGAUAGUUCUGUGUUUAUGUUGUUGUGGCAACAAAUUUGUUAGCUUGGUUUCUAUUUUUAUAUGCAGAUGUGCACUGAAUAAAUGUCUUAACUUCUGCAUUCACAAAA